AUGGCAUCUAGCUCAGCCGCUCAGCGCAGCGGCGCCCCGCCCACCUUCCGGUGCAUCCGCCCGCCGCCUACGGCCAACCACGCCGGCGACAAGCCCAAGCUCAGCGGCGUCGUCUUCGACAUGGACGGCACGCUGACGGUGCCGGUGAUAGACUUCGCGGAGAUGCGUCGGCGCGUCGGCGUGGGUCCCACGGGCGACAUCCUGGACAUAAUUGCCUCGUGGAGCCCCGCGGAGCAGGAGCGGGCGCGGCGGGUGCUGGCGGAGGUGGAGGACGAGGCGAUGGAGCGGAUGAAGGUCAUGCCGGGGGUGCCGCGGGUGUGCGAGCUGCUGGACAGGGCGAAGGUCCCGCGGGGCCUCGUGACCCGCAACGUGAUUCGCAGCGUCAACCACUUCCACGACAACCACCUGGAGCACCCGCCGUUCUCGCCAGCGUUCGGGCGCGAGUGCGGGCUGCCGUACAAGCCCGACCCUGGGGCGCUGCUGCACGUGUGCGGGAUCUGGGGAGUGGACCCGCGCUUCGCUGCCAUGGUCGGGGACAGCGCCAAGGACGACAUCGUCGCGGGGAACCGCGCCGGGAUGACGACGAUCCUCCUCGACACGCACGGCCGGUACGAUCCAGACAACAUGCCGGACCCCGAGCAGGUCCCCACGUACUAUGUUACCACCAUGGACGCCGUCGGAGACGUGUUCGAAUCGGACUUCGACUUGUGCGCGCCCGAAGUCCGGCCAACCUGA